CCGGGGCUCGCGCCGCGCCGCGCCGAGGGGGGGGGGGGAAGGCGCGCUGCGGGCGGGCGCUGCGCUGCGCGAGGGCCGAGGACCUGCAGGCAUGGAGGAGGUUCUGAGCGGAAAGCACAUCGACAUCACCGUCGUCGAGGCAGAGCUCGUCCGAAUCUUCGACAGUCUCAAGCCGACUCAGGACGUGUUCGUGCAGCUCGCCUGCGGGCUCGCGGAUGGGACCGAGCAGGUCGUGGGACGCACGGAGGUCUGCAAGAACGGUAACCUUCGACCGCAGUGGAACGAGCGCUUCAACUGGGACUUCGACGGCUCAUGUGGUGGCAGAACGUUGAAGUUCACCGUCCAGAUCGGCCACACGGUCCGUAAGGAGGUGCUGUGCGGCGAGGCCGAGUUCGACCUGGCCACGCUGUGCAACCGCGCCGCGUCCGGGCCGCAGGACCUGCGCAUUCCCCUCUUCAAGCGGGACGAGCAGACCGGCAGGCUGCGAAUCGGUUUCUCACUGGGUGAGGGUCCCGCCCCCGUGGCUGGUCCGGCGCUGGCGGCCUCGCCCUCCUCGGACGCCAGCACGCCGACCAGAGGGGUCCGCUGGCUGCAGGCCUGCGGCGCGGCGACGCCGGUGGGCGAGCCGCAGGCCCGGAGGAGAGCCGGCGACGGCGGCGGCGGCAGCAGCUGCAGCCUCGGCGACGCGCCCACCGCCGCGGCCCUGCCUGGAGCCACGCCGGGAGGCCGCACCAGGCGGGCCGACUGCUUCGGAGGCACCCCCAUCAGCGAGCCGCAGGCCCCGACGCCGGGCAAGGACCGCGGGGCCGACGCGGCCCGCGCGCCCGCAAGUUCCCUGGCAUCGGGGGCGUCGAGCGCGACGGAGGCGUCACGACGACAGGAGCCCGACGAGGCGGAGAGAGAGGCUGCAGCAUGGACGGCGGCAGCAUCGCCUUGCUGCGAUCCGCCAGCAUAUCCGCUUGAGGUCUCGCCUCAGAGCCACGCAGUCUCCAGCGAGAAGACCAUGUCGGAUGGCGCAGAGGAGAAGAACGUAGAGUUCUGGGACUCCUUCAUCGAACGCGGUUGAAGUCCAAUCGGGUGCAGGCCGUCGGCAGCGUGCUGGAGAACCACAACCUGGACCUGCGGAAGACCCCGCGCGGCCAGCGCGCCCUCGAGGAUCCGCGCGCCCGGAGCCUCGCGCCGCGCGCCCAUGGUGCGCGGCGAGUCUCAGGAGGGGAAAACACA